UGGUGUGUGGGAAAGAGACUGUUUUUUAGCCAGCUAGCUUAGCAUUAAAAUAACUUGGAUAGCAACAGCGACCUUCAUUAAAUCAGGAUCAGAAUGAACGCAAUGUUAGCUGUAAAUAAACAGCAGCAGCGCAGCGUGAAGCUCUCGGUUUACAGGCGCAGGAGGCUUUGUUAGGUUCAGCUUUAAACCAAGCCAGAGGUUUUGGGGAGCUAGCUAGCUAUAGGACCAUGAGUUUUAAUUCAGGUUAUGUCGGGUCAAGAUGUGUGUUUUAGCUGACAGGGUUUAUUUAGAAAUGUGUGUUUGUUUAGCAAAGCGCUGAGGCGGUGUACAAUCAAGUGUUCUCAUUGGGAAUCAGCUGUCAGCCUUAUUUCGCGAACGCUAGGCCGUAUCUCAUCGCAACGUGUCAGAGUUUACCGGUCUGCUUAUGAUGGUUAUUUAUAGGAUGCGUUUUUAUCAUUUCAGCUAUGUAGACAGUUGAUUUAAAAACAAAGAAAGCGUCCUGUGUCAGUUGAACAGAGCUGAGAUAAACUGCUGAUUAGUUCACACCGUUCGCUCCUCCUACACACUGGACAGCUGGAGCGAGUUGGCUUUUUACACUACGGCUCGCUUGGAGACGAGAAGAGGCUUUUUGACCAAAGAGGAGACGCGGAGCUCAGCACGGAAUUGCUGACUACACGAAGAAUGAGCAAUGGUCCAUUUCACCAUGUUAUCCAAUGCAGUCAGGAGAAAGACUUGUAACAGCUCGGAGCGGCUUCACUGCGGGAGAGCAGGACUGCGGCUCAGGAGACCUGGUUUCUGAUGUUCAGCAGCACAGUAACGCCUGAACCGGAGCUUACUUUCACCCAACAUUGUUUAAGACACAAUGUAACGUUGGUGUUUUUUUUAAAUAGACUAGAACAGAGCCAUACUUCAAGAUUUAAAUUUUUAAACAUUUGCAUUUAAUUGAAACGGGAUUAAGAUGACGAUGGAAAACACGACCAUUAAAAAUCGGAUUAAAAACCUGCUCCGGUCUCCCUCCAUAAAACUGAGGAGAAAUAAACCAAGAUCAAACAAGGAAAACCUGGCAAAUAAGGUGACUCUUGAAAAAGUUUUGGGGAUUACUGCUGCAGGAAACCGUGCCUUGGCCUGCGACCCUCAUUCAGGUUUGGUAGCCUAUCCUGCAGGGUGUGUGGUGGUGCUCUUGAACCCCAAGAAGAACAAACAAUAUCAUAUUCUCAACAGCUCCAGGAAAACAAUCACCACUCUAGCUUUUUCACCAGAUGGCAAAUAUGUGGUCACAGGAGAGAGCGGUCAUAUGCCAGCAGUGCGUGUGUGGGAUGUGGUGGCGAGAACUCAGGUAGCAGAGCUUCAUGAGCAUAAGUACGGUGUGGCAUGUGUAGCUUUCUCCCCCAACAGCAAGUACAUCAUCAGCGUGGGCUACCAGCAUGACAUGAUAGUCAACGUCUGGGCCUGGAAGAAAAAUGUAUUGGUGGCUGCUAACAAAGUCUCCAGUAAAGUGACAGCCGUGUCAUUUUCAGCUGACAGCUCCUACUUUGUUACAGCAGGGAACAGACAUGUUAAGUUUUGGUACCUGGACCACACCAAGGCCUCCAAGGUUAAUUCCACAGUGCCCUUACUGGGUCGCUCUGGAUUGCUUGGGGAACUCAGGAAUAACUUUUUCAGCGAUGUGGCUUGUGGCAAGGGCCAGAAGGCCAGCAGCACUUUCUGCAUCACUUCCUCAGGCCUGCUGUGUGAGUUCAACGACAAGAGACUGCUGGAUAAGUGGGUGGAGCUUAGGAAAAGCGACAAUUUCACAACUGGUUUAGCCACCGCAUUGUCCGUCACUGAGGAUCUUAUAUUCUGUGGCUGUGCUGAUGGAACGGUGCGAGCGUUCAAUCCGGUCAACCUGCACUUCAUCUGCACUCUGCCUCGCCCACACAGCCUGGGCACAGACAUCGCAUCUGUCACUGACGCAAGCCACCUCUUUGCUUACAAAUUGGAUGCUCGAUACCCUGACACAGUGGCUGUCUCAUAUGACCCCACCAAUCGCUGGCUGUCUUGUGUUUACAACGAUCAUAGCCUGUACGUCUGGGAUGUUCGUGAUCUCCACAAAGUGGGAAAAGUUUACUCUGCCCUGUAUCACUCCUCGUGUGUAUGGAGUGUGGAGUUGUACCCACAGGACGGUGAGAGAGAGCGGUCUUGUCUCACGCCAGGAUCCUUCCUUAGCUGCUCUUCUGACAACACCAUCCGCCUUUGGAACACAGAUGGAUACAGCACCACAGUCAAGCACAACGUCAUCAGCAAUGACCUCCAGAAAAUUAUUUAUAUAGACAAUAAUGUUGCAGCUUUGCUGGAUCCAGACUGCACCAUUUCCAGCAAUUCAGAGAAAACCGAUUCACAGACCUCUGAGAACAGGACUGGCAUUAGGACCAUGUGUGUCAGCCCAGACGGUCAGCACCUGGCAUCAGGGGACCGCAAUGGAAUACUAAGGAUCCACGAGCUACAGAGCAUGGAGGAGAUCCUGAAUGUGCAGGCUCACGACUCGGAGAUCCUGUGUCUGGAGUAUUCAAAGCCUGAGACAGGCUUGAGGCUGUUGGCCACAGCAAGCAGAGACAGGCUGAUCCAUGUUCUCGAUGCUCAGUGCGAGUAUGGCCUGGUACAGACACUUGAUGAACAUUCCUCCUCCAUCACUGCAGUGCGGUUUGCUGCAAACGAUGGCAAAAUCCGUAUGAUCAGUUGUGGUGCUGAUAAAAGUAUCUACUUCCGCACAGCACAUAAGACGGAUGAAGGAAUCAUGUUUACUCGCACCCACCACAUUGUGAGGAAGACCACUCUGUACGAUAUGGAUAUUGACCCACUGCGCAAGUACGCUGCUGUUGGGUGCCAGGACCGCAGCAUUAGGAUCUUUAACAUAAGCAAUGGAAAACAGAAGAAAAUAUACAAGGGCUCUCAGGGGGAGGAUGGCACUCUAAUUAAGGUCCAGAUGGAUCCAUCAGGGAUGUACGUGGCUACCAGCUGCUCAGAUAAAAACAUCAACAUUUUUGACUUUUACACUGGAGAGUGUGUAGCCACCAUGUUUGGGCACUCUGAGAUAGUCACUGGGAUGAAGUUUACCAAUGACUGCAAGCAUCUGAUCUCAGUAUCGGGGGACAGCUGCAUCUUUGUUUGGAGACUGAAUCCAGAGCUGACCAUCAGUAUGAAGCAAAGACUUUCUGAACUUAAACAGAAGAGUAAACCUGUACAGAAAAGCCCCCCUACCAAGCAUCAUCCAGUCAGCCCUAGGAGAGAGGUGCACAGCGCUCCAGCUUUGGGCACGAUGUCCUCUGACAGUGACAAAGAGCCUGAGGAGGAAGAGUGUAUUACGGAGGAGGAUGAAAACAAUUUUCCUCACCUCUCUUCUGGCAGCAGCACAGGAGAAGACACGGGAUCGUCAGAGGAGAAGCAUGACUCGAUUCAAGAGAUGAGAAAGUUUUCUGACAGCAGUCCUAUAUGUGAGAACUCAAGGCAAAGGCGACGCUGGUGCAGGCGAACAGAGAGCACAGAUUUGGUUGUGAAGUCCAUGCUGGACUUGAGGCAGCUGGAGUCCUUUUCUAAGUCUGCUGUUAUGAACCGAGAGCCUGCUCUUCAUCCUGAUCUGGGAUUCGGAAGUACCAUCAGCCUACAGACCAUCGCCGGAUGGGUGGAGGAGCCAGAAGUGUCGUUCCCCCCUGUCUCAAAAGGACAUGCACGUCCUCAGUACAUCCCACUGUCACCUCAGACACCAGACACGGAGGCUGUUGUGCUUUACCCUGAGGGCUGUGAGGACAGAGUGAGCCUGGCAGGCAGUGAGUACCAGGUCAAGGAGUUAGCCCAUGGGUUGAGAUUGGCUAAAGGAAACUCCUGUCCUGAGAAGCAGAGCCCUGACAGUGCAUGCUCAAUGGAUUAUUCCAACAGCCAUCUUUCAAGCCCAGAUCAACACGGAGAAGACUCUGAGCCCACUGAGCCGCUAAGCGUGGAUGGAAACUCAUCAGAGCUGGACAUGGAAGACCUGGAAGAGGAGGAGAGCCAAAGGAAGCCUGAGAUCUGUAGCUCUGUGCCUAAGACUCCAGACCAAGAAGCGUUUCUCAAAAAAAACUUUGCAAACCUGUCAGACUUCAGCACCUCAGAAAGUCCAAAUUCUCAUCUUCAGCCCACAAUCACAGAUAAUGUCAGCAUGUCCUCAAAGUUCCUAACUACUUCCACUGGCUGCAAAACUACUGAGAAUAAGGUUUCCAAAGAAGUGGUACCAGAGCCCUCCAGAGAACUCCAGAGCCCUGAGAGGCCUUCAAGUCUGCAAUUAACCCCUGAGAAGAAGCGCAUUCCUGUGGAAAUUUCUGUUGAUUCUCUGUCAGCUGGUAUGAGAAAAGCCCAGUCCAUCCACAACAUCUCUUCAGAGGCUGAUAUGCUACAGACAUCUAGAUGUCCUUCUAAGGAGGUUCCCCCUCAGCCCCAGCCUUAUGAGCGAACUCCCGUAUCCACUCCGCGCCGAACGGUUCCCAGUGUGCCUCUCUCCAGCCCAACAGCUACCCAGCCCAGGGAUUGCCCUACACCCACCAAGUCCAAGCCACGCUCAUACAUGAGCCCAACCACCAGUUCCAUGGCCAAGAUGUCACGCUCUAUGUCCAUGGGGGACAGUCUAAACGUGAGUGAGCUCAGUGAAGUCCCUACAGGCUCAGAUACCCACCGAGGCUCAGGAUCAGACGCAGCUAACCUUCGCAUUGCUUCUCGCAGCAAACCCUCAUCACCAGUCGUCCCACUGCCCGCUUCAUUUAUUGGCUCUCCUCCCCGUGGUGCAGUUCUACCCACCAUAAGUGGUGCCUCAGCUCUUAACUCCUCUUCUAAAAGCAUCCAGGCUAAAUUACCAAUCAUCACCCGUCCACAGAUACACCUUGACAUCACCAAACCUCUCCCAGAUAAGCCCUCCAUGGCCUCUUUCUCUCCUAACGGCAAGAUUACCAAACUUGGCCAGAAGGAAGAUCCUAGUACCAGAACGCCUGUAAAUGUACCCCCCCUGCCAGGCCCAGAGCACUCUCCUUCCAGCAACAUGCAGUCAGUUACAUGCUCGGUGCUUACUGAGACUGAGCCAUUAGAGGAACAGAACUUCAACACUGAUCAGAGUGAAGAGAAGAUCCAAGGGAAAGAUUCAGAGCUGGAGCCGACUCAGACCGAGCAACCAAAUCAGAAUCAAGGCAGCACGGUUUGUCUGCAAGCAGCCACUCGAGCCCAGAAUUCAGGUGCAUCACUCGAUAUGGAGUCAUGCAGACUUGCAGCUAGUGAACUUCAAAGCAGUCUUAAAAAGGCCUGCCACUUCUAUAGGAUGCUGAGCAAUUCCACAGACCAGCGCCAGGAGCAGCAGGAUAUGGCUCAAGUGCUGACUGAAGCAUUUGAGGCAGUACAGACCGAGUUGAACUCAUUGCCACAAUAUGCAGAAAGCCGAUCCAGCUCCAGCAGCUCAGUGUGUGUGCUGGGCGGUGAAGCUGGUGUUGUGGGCGAGGAACGAACUUUGGCACUGCUGGAGCAGUAUUCCCAGCUUCUCCUCAAAGCUGUGGAAAAGAGGAUGGACAGCAAAGUCUAAUGUGAACCUAUUUACACCAUUUAGGCCGAGGCCGGAUCCCAAGCCAUGACUCUGCACUUUUUUUUUUAAUAAGCAGAUUUUAAAAAUCCACAAAUGACUUGAGUGGAUUUCCCUUCCUUUUGCUUAAACACUACCAGCACAGAUGGACAGGCUCAGUCUGACAGGCAUGGCCAUGUUGCACUAUAGACUAAUCAAAUCGGCCUACCUCCCUUUUUCUUUUUUUUUCUUUUUUUUAUUGUUAUUACAGCAAUCUUCUACUCCACACUUCACCUCAUUACCAAAUAAGGUGCCCUUUUCCCUUUUAUUGGUAUACUGUACUUGGAUAUUUGUGUAUAAGAGCAAUGACUGAGUAAAUGGACUUUGUUGUUCUUAAGGAGAGUUGAGUCUUGAACAUUGCGUGGUUUGUAAUGGUGAAUAAAUCAGAAAUGGACACGCACAGCUCCAAUCUGACCAGCAGCAGCAAGAUGGAGCUAAACUUAUUUUACUUGUUUGACCCUCAAGAGAAUGUGAACUUUUUUCAGAACUUAACUUUUUUGUCUUUUUCCGAGAUAGAUGUUACUUCAUUUAUAUCUUUACACUAUGGAGUACAUUUUUAAGUGUGUGUUGUUGAUGUGUGCCUGUAUUUAUUUUAAGGUCAUUAACUGGGGUUAAAGGUCUCCAGAAGGAGUUUUUAUAUAGGAUAUCCUUACUGUCAAAAACAGUUCCAGAGCAGAGAAUCUGGAAUCACAGCAUCCAAAUCUCAUGCAUAGACCUUGACACUUUUGUACAUUUUGUAAUCUUGACACUGAUCGAUGUCAAUCAAAGAGAUUGGGUGCCUUAUUUUGUAAUCAGCAAAUUUCUGUUAUUUAUCGUUAAAAAAAGUGCUUUUAGUGCUGACAGGAUUUUGUCUUCCGUAGUCUAAAAUAUUCCAGUAGAUCAGACUCAACUGCCAUAGAAAUACAAUAGAGUAGGAUAGAAUCGCAAAAGGAAUAUUAGAUAUAAGAUUACUUACUUUCAACUCAGCAAAAGUAAAAUUAAACACUGAGGAAUUUCCAUUUUAUUUGCCCCAGUUUCUUAAGCUUGAAUUAACCUAGAUGACGAUGCUUUUCAUAAAUGUGUUCUGCCCCUUUUCUUAAAUCUAACACUGAUGUACAGUAAAGCAUUUUGUUUUCUAAAGUAAUACUGUUGUAAUAUCACAAGAAUACUGUAUUUAUUUGUGCUAGUUGUCUGUCUGCUGUAAAAUGUCCAGACGUUUCUUCUACUGUUACAGAAUAUGGUGCUUGUGCUCAGAACAGCUAGCAAAAUGAUCCUCCAGCUUCAACCUAAACCCCUAACAUCAGGACUUUUUACUGCAAAAGCUUGCCAUGAACAUUUCAGUGUGCAUGAGACAAAUUGUAAGAAGAAUGCACAGCUCUUAUAUUUUGUAUCUAAGUAAUUUGUCGAUCAUCUGACCAUAAUCAUUUAGCUGAACUGAGUGAAUUCAGAGUAUAGGUUAUAUAAAGAUGGUGGUAGGAGAGCAAGUUUACUACUAGCAUGACAAAACUGUAUGCAUGAAGAAGUGAACUUCCGAGCUCACUGGAUCCUGAACAAGAGUGCAUGGUUGUAUAUCUGAAUUUCUUUAAAGAACAAUCAUCCCAUGCUUUGCUACUCAGCACUAUGUCUGUAGCUACCGAUGUUCGCAUUUCCUAUAAGGCAGCGAAUCUCAGAAGCUCGCGUCAAACAUUAAUGAAAAUGUUUCCCAUUUGAAAUUUGUUUGUUCUGCACUAUUCCUGAAUGACUUGUUUUUAAAUCUUCUAAGUGUCAUCUGAAAAGCAAAGUCAGAUGCUAGUUAAUAAAACUGUAUUUAUUACA